GUCACAGUAAAUUACACACAAACACCUGUUUCCCUUGUGUGCCAUCAUCUUGUACUUCAUUUGUCCAGCAUCUUUCUACACCCAUGGAACAAGUUACCUCUUCUCUCGCUCCUCCUAGAGCUUCCACAAAGCCUGCAACUUCAGGUCCAUCCAGCGAGGGUGCUGGCAGUGUAACAAAACGUCUCAGCAACGAACUCAUGACUUUGAUGAUGUCCUCUUCUCCUGGCAUUUCCGCAUUUCCAAAAAGCGAUGCUAAUCUAUUCGAAUGGAUCGGGACGAUAGAGGGCCCUGCUGGAACUAUCUACGCUGGGCUGGCAUUCCGAAUCGCUAUAUCGUUUCCACCAAAUUACCCCUACGUAGCGCCUUCCAUCAAAUUUGAUACCCCCUGUUAUCAUCCAAACGUCGACAUCACGAGUGGCGCAAUUUGUCUAGAUAUAUUACAGGAUAAAUGGUCAGCUGUUUACAGUGUACAGACGAUUCUGAUAUCUCUGCAGUCAUUGCUUGGAGAACCGAACAAUCAGUCACCGCUCAAUGCUGAUGCAGCAGGUUUAUGGAAGUCUCCAGAUGCCUUUAAAGAUCAGCUGAUGAAGCAUUACCGCCCGUUGAACGACGACUCAGCAUAGCAUUUUUUUGUAUUGAUAGCAUGGUGUUUUACCCGGUUAUAAUUAGGUUGUCGUUCUUGAAGUUUCGCAAUGUUCUCGCAAUUUUUUUUUCGAUUAUCGUGAAUCAUACUGGUACCUCAGGUUGUUGCCUUUUACACAGAAUCAAAAAAAAAAAGAUGAAAUACAUUCAGCGCAAAUUUUUACUGCAUUGUUUUCAUUAA